CACAAUAAUAUUGGAGCAGGUAGAGGAGCAUCCCCUUAUAAUUAUUAUUAUCUGCUCCAAUGUAGUUGCUAGUAUAGGACGUUUGUGUGGAGAAGAAGCACAUAGCUAGCUAGCUGCUUUCGUAAUAGCGAUGGCGGAGGGGAUCGCAUUCGAUUUGGUCAAAGGAGUGCUCGGCAAGCUGGGCUCCGCUCUCUGGCACGAAAUCGGACUGCUGCGGAGCUUCAAGGACGACGCGGACGAUCUCAGAAGCAACUUCUCGACGAUCCAAGCGGUGCUUCUCGACGCCGAGGAGCGAAGCAGCGCUGGGAAGGAGAGCCACGCUCUGCGCGACUGGCUGCGCAAACUGAAGGAUGCCGCCUACGACGCCGACGACCUGCUGGACGAGAUCCGAACGCAAGCAACCCUACGGCAACAGCAGUAUCCCGAGGUGCAGAAUCAAAACCAGCCAGCUGAAAAGGUACGUGGAUUUCUGUCCCGCGCUAAUCCGAUGCAUCUGAAGUUUAAGCGCAAGAUGGCACACAGGAUGAAAGAGCUCAGAGAAAAGAUCGGUAAGAUCGCGAAACAGAGGCAUGAUUUCGGUCUUGCCGAAGCUGGCCCUGGUCGGCAGGCUGAGUUCAAGCACCCGGAGACAUUCUCGGUCGUCGACAAAAAGAAAGUAGUCGGGAGAGAUGGUGAUAAAGAGAAAAUUGUGAAGCUACUGCUAGAGAAUAACAGCGAUCACGACGUGUCGGUCAUUUCGAUCGUGGGAUUGGGGGGUUUGGGGAAGACGACGCUCGCUCAGCUGGCCUUCGACGACGGGCGGGUUACGGGCCAGCAGCGCUUCGAUCUACGGGUGUGGGUCUGCGUGUCUACCGAUUUCCACAUGAAGACGAUUGCAAAGCCGGUAAUAUCUGCAGCGGAAGAGAAUUGUGCUCUUGAUAACUCGGAUGAUGUCGCCAGUUGCCUUGUCAGGAUCUUUAGCCAGAAGAGAUUUUUGGUGGUACUGGACGAUGUAUGGAACGAAGAUCAGGAAAAGUGGGAGAAAUUGAAGGUCUUAUUUAAGGACGGCAAGAAGGGAAGUAAAAUUUUAGUGACCACACGGAGCAAGAAGGUUGCCACGAUAAUGAAAACAGUCGAACCACACCAUGUGAAAGUCUUAUCAGAUGAUGAUUGUUGGACAUUGUUCAAAAGACGGGCAUUUGACGAAGGGGAAGAGAACGACUAUCUGAGCUUGCUCGAAAUCGGAAAGCAGAUAGCUAGGAAGUGCGGCGGUGUGCCUUUAGCAGCAAAUGCUUUAGGAAGUAUGAUGCGCUUUAAGAGCAGGACGGAGGAUGCAUGGUCCGCUAUUAGAGAUAGCGAAAUAUGGAGGUUGGAAGAAGAAGGAACUAUUUUACCAUCAUUGAAAUUGAGCUACAUUCAGAUGCCGUCGGCUUUGAAGCAGUGUUUCGCUUACUGCUCCAUAUUCCCCAAAGACUACGCAAUUAACAAAGAUGACUUGAUCCGGCAAUGGAUUGCUUUAGGCUUCAUUUCGUUGCAUGAAACAUGGACUUCGAUGGAAGAUAUUGGGAAUGAGUUCUUUAACGAUCUAGUAUGGAUGUCUUUCCUUCAAGACGUGGAGGAAAAUUAUAGAAAGGUUACCACCUGCCGGAUGCAUGAUUUAGUGCACGACCUCGCGCAAUCUGUAGCAAGAGAAGAAGUUGCUGUUAUAGUUGGAGAAGAGUCAACAUGGAUCCCGGAAGGUUGCCGCUAUGUCUCGAUAUACAGUCAUUUCACGCCGCAGGUUUCAAUUACCGUAAUGCGGAGGUUGCGAGCUCUUCAAUUUAUGGGAUCUGGUUCACAUAUUAUGGCUUUUUAUAGUGAGGCAAAAUGCUUACGCCUGUUGGAUUUACAAGGUUCCGAAAUUUCUAUGCUGCCAAGCUCAAUCGGUAAGUUGAAGCUCUUAAGAUACCUUGACCUUUCGGAGACCAGAAUACAAGAAUUGCCUGAAUCAAUUACCAGCCUCUGCAACUUGCAAACCUUGAAUCUUUCAGGCUGUUGCGAGAUCCGUACAUUACCCAAAUCUUUAGGAAGGCUCGCGAAUUUGCGGAUUUUAGAUUUAAGAGAUUGCCAAUCUCUGACAAUACCUGACUCCAUUAGCAACCUUCAGAAUUUGUACGCUCUAAAUUUGAGUUCGUGCGAAAAGGUGAUAUCACUUGCACCUAUAUGUCACCUCAAAAACCUGCAUUACCUAAACCUAUCAGGUCUAAAUUCUUUGGUGACAUUACCUGAAUCCAUUGGGAACCUUCAAAACUUGCGUAUUCUGAACGUUUCUGAGUGCUAUCAUCUAUUAUCAUUACCCUCAUCGUCAAGUGAUCUUCAGCAUUUAGAGAAACUAGACAUUAGUGGUUGUAAAAAAUUAUGCGAGCUGCCUAAAAUGAUCCAAAAGUUGACCAAACUAAAAGAAUUGUUAAACUCCGAUUGCUUGGAAUUGAAGGGCAUGCCCCGAGGGAUCGGCAAGUUAGUUAGCUUGCGGGAAUUGUCCCUUUUUGUCAUCGGCAAGCAAGACUGUGUCGAACAUUGUGCUAGCAUUUCUGAGCUAAAGCACUUGAAGCUUGUCGGCAAGCUGGAGAUCAAGGGUCUCGAAAAUGUAACGAGUCCAGUUGAUACCAAGGCUGCAAAUUUGAUAGAGAAGAACCUGCGGUAUUUGAAGUUGCAAUGGAACAUUUUAAGUGCGGAAGAAGGCAUGGAUACUGUACUACCGGCGGAAGAGAUCGAUACCGUGCUAGAAAAUCUUCGACCACAUCAAAAGCUAGAGAAUUUGAAAAUAGAAGGCUAUGCCGGCGGGAAGUUUCCUAGCUGGAUGAUGAAUAGGAUUGGCCCGUGCCUCCCAAAUCUCGUUCAAAUUGAACUUAUGAAUAUGCCCAGGUGCAGCUCACUCCCGUCGCUGGGGCAACUUCCUUUUCUUAAAAAACUAAUUAUACGAAAUAUGCCCGCAAUAACAAAUUUGGGCAUAGAUAAGUUCCCUGCACUGACGAGCCUUGAAUUGUCCUCCAUGCCAAUGCUGCGAGAAUGGGUGACGGUAUUGACGGUGGAUGACAAAAAAGGCAGGCGAGAGCGAGUUUCCAUUUUUCCGUGCCUCACUUUUUUGAGGUUAUAUGAAUGUCCUCAAUUAAGGCCGGAGCCUUGCCUCCCACCAUCGGUUGAAUCUCUAGCCAUUUACAGAACAAGCAAGGAGAAUCUUUCGUUAAUUCUUGAAUGCGCAACGGUGGAUAGCGUGACGCCACUUGUUGAUGGCGAUGCCAUAUCACUCCAACUACCAAAAAAGGGGCUGCGGCAUGUAAUGAUACGAGAAUGUCAGCAGCUAAUUUGUUUGCCCGAGAGCUUGCGGGGUCUCACGUCCCUCCAGUGGCUGACAAUAUGGGAUUGCAAAGAUCUUGAGAGAAUUGAAGAUUGGCUCGGAGAGCUCACCGAGCUGCAGUCCUUUGAGAUCUCGGGGUGCAGCAGUCUCCGUUACUUGCCUGCCCACAAGAUGACCGCACUUAAGAAGUUAAGUAUUUUUGAAUGCCCACUAUUGUUCAAUGCAGCCGGACAAUUUGUCGACACCAGCGUUGAUCACAUAGAAUUUGUCCGUGUUAAUUUGAGGAAAUACAAAUACAAAAAACAAGUGAGCAGCUCACCAUAGGAGGAGAAGAAGAGUUGGAAGAGUUGUUGGAGCGAAUCAAAUUGGUUUGGGAGCAGAACCUGAGUAUAUCUAUCUGUUAUUUGGAGGUUGGUGCUGUUUAGCUUGCGGAGGAGGAUUGUUGUGUAAUGUCGUCGGUUGAUAUAAAUUUGUGUUUCUGUGAUAUGAAUUAAAUUUCUGAAUGUACUAUUUUGUAAUUUGGUUUGAUUGUUUGUACUUUUAUGGUGUUCUCUAUACAUGUUAUGAGUUUAAAAAAGAUUGGGCUUUUUUUGCAUUUA